AGCUCGCGUUGAUCGAACCUCAAUCCUGCCGCCCCAGACGUGGUAUCGCAACAACAAAUCAUGUCGACGACGCCGACGCCCUACAAGCCCUCCCCGCUCUCGUUCAACAGCCCGCGCACGUCGCCCUUCCGCCGUCCAAACUCCCCACUGACGCACUCGCCCUCCGCCGUCCGCCCGUCUACACCCACGACUUCGCCACUGAAGCCUACGCCAGGCACCCCCUCGCAGACGGCUCUCCGACAGUCCACAACCACCAAUGCCUCGCAAAACCCCCCAGCAUGGAUGAACACGCGCGGCACGACAACAGCGCCCGAAGCGCCUGCCUCACCUACGCGACACGUAUCUACAUCUACACAGCACACAGUGCGGCCCUCGAAUACAGCCUCGCUAGCAGCGCGAUUUGACGGAGCGAGUUCCAGUACCCCGCCGCCCGAACGGCCUGUUGAUCGAGCCCUCGAGCGCCCGGCUGUGCGCCUGGCUCCUGUAACGCGAACAGGCUCCACCGAUGCAUUCUCUAAGAUUCCACCCCCACUGCUGCACAGCAUGCGCGAGUCCUUCAGCGUGCUGGACCGGGACAACAGCGGCAGCGUGAACUCCGCCGACGUAGCCGAUAUGCUAUCGCAGCUCGGUCUUAGCGCCACCCCUUCUACGCUAGCCACGUACUUUCCCAGCGGCUCUCAAUCCAUCAAUCUGGCCACCUACCUGGCCACACUCUCUGAUCUCUUAUCCGGACUGUCGCACCCCAACGAGUUGCACGCUGCUUUCGAAGCCUUUGAUGACGGCGAUGACGGACAAAUUGAUCUAGCGGAGCUGAAAGAUGCUCUCCUACAUACAGCGCCCGAGCCUGGAGAGCGAAAGCUGACAGAGCGCGAGAUAGACAUGGUAGUCGAAGGAUUCAGUGGCAGAAGGGCCUUUGGCAAAGGCGGGAAAGGGCUUGGAAGAGGAGAAGUGUUCAGGUAUCAAGAAUUCGUCGCAAGUGUAACAGGAGGCGGGAGUGGGCCAGAUAACGGCGCUGGGGCUGCCGCACCGGCGUAGAAGGUAGCAAGAAGGGGCCUGAAGCACUUCACGACCUGACAGGCGGUCUGAUACGAUUCCGGAAUACAUGGGAUUGGACGGCGUUUUGGAUCUUGCGGUUACGACGAGCGGAAUAAUGCCAGUGAAUAUUUCGAAUGGAAAUUGAAUCAAGAAGUGUUCCAUGCUACCGUACUAUUGGCGGAAGACUGGUACAUAAUGCCCUCAGAACUUUUUGAAGCCCCAUAGACGUCCGAAAGCUCCCUCCGAAGAUCCCAACCCCUUUGUCGUCGAAAUAUUCCUUUUCCUUCGCCGACGUAUCACUCCUCUUGGCUCAUUUUCAACCCGACCCAUCCGCGCUUUCUAUCCCGUCCAGAAACUCACUCCAACUCGACCACUCCUCCUUGUCCUCCUCCGCAUUCUUCUCACCCUCCUCCUCCAGAACAUCCACAACCCCCUCCCUCACCUCGCAAACCCGCAGAGCCCGCACAUACUCCCGUCUCUUCUUCAUU